GCCGCCAUGUCCACCCCCGCCAAGCGACACUGCCGCAGCCCCGCCAGCUCCCUCGACGCCAGCUUCCAGAAGCGCCUCAGAAAGAUUUCCAUCGAGGGGAACAUCGCUGCAGGGAAGUCAACAUUUGUCAGGCUGCUAGAGAAACACAGCGAUGAGUGGGAGAUCAUCCCCGAACCCAUCGCCAAGUGGUGCAACAUCCAGACAGCCGAAGAUGAAUGCGAGGAACUUUCAACAUCUCAGAAGAGUGGAGGAAAUCUACUUCAAAUGCUGUAUGAUAAACCCACAAGAUGGGCUUAUACAUUUCAGACUUACGCUUGCUUGAGCCGAGUAAGAGCACAAUUAAAACCUGUCUCAGCCAAGCUACAUGAAGCAGAACAUCCAGUGCAGUUUUUUGAGAGAUCCGUGUACAGUGACAGAUACAUAUUUGCUUCUAACCUGUUUGAGUCUGGAAAUAUUAAUGAAACAGAGUGGGCUAUUUAUCAGGACUGGCACACAUGGCUUUUGAAUCAGUUUGAAUCAGAUGUAGAACUGGAUGGCAUGAUCUACCUAAGAACCACACCUCAGAAAUGCAUGGAAAGGCUACAGAUGAGGGGAAGAGAAGAGGAGCAAGGAAUUGAGCUUGAGUAUUUGGAAAACCUCCACUAUAAACAUGAAACCUGGCUUCAUGAAAGGACUAUGAGAGUCGAUUUUGAGAACCUUAGAGAGAUCCCCAUUCUAGUUUUGGAUGUUAAUGAAGAUUUUAAGAAUGACAAGAUUAAACAGGAGUACCUGAUUGAUAAGGUCAAGUCUUUCCUGACUUCUUAAGAAGAUGAAAAUUAAUUUGAGGAAGUUCCUGAAGCUGAAGAGUUAAAACCUAACAAUCAGUGUUUUCUUAGACAAUUUACUUUAACUGAAUGCAUUACCUCUAUAGCUUAUUUUCAGGCAAGAUUGAAGUGCAAAAUAUGGUUUGGGUUUUUUUGCUUGUCUAACCUGUGUGGGUUUUGAUAGUUUUCUGUAUAGUUAAAAUGAACAAAUAGGGGUGUUUCGAUUAUGUACUUUAUGUAUAUUCUAUGCUGUUUAAUAAAGAUUUUAAGUUAA